GAAACAAAGGAAUAAGAUAUUGUUCAUAUUCGAGACAACAGGUAGUAUAGUUGUUUAUAGAAGAGUGUAUUACUAUAAUGGUAUAAUAUAUAACGUGAGAUGAAGCAGGAACACAAGUUUCAGCGGCGUGAAAGGUGGACAGCUGAACACUGCUGUGUUCCAUUGUUACCUCGUCAGCUAAAUACAAUUCAACCAUCAGUUUCCACACGUUUCCCUCGGAUGAUCAACAACGGAAGAGAUGGAUGGUGAACAUCAGAAGGGAUAAUCUCAUCAUCACUCCACACACCCGUGUAUGCAGUCGACACUUUACAGCGCAAGAUGUCAAAGAGCCGAGUAAGGAAGGCAAGAGGAGGCGCUGAGACCCGGCGCCGUUCCACUUUUAUUUCCGUGGAACAACUUUUCUCUUGGUGAGAGAAGACUUUCUGUGUGGGAACGCACAGCUAGAGAACCAGAGAAUGUGGAAACUGGGGAACCAGAUUGUGCACACGAUCACGACUACUGCGUGGGUCCGGAUCCUGCCGUUGUGGACAGUGUGCUGGAGGAAAAGCAGAGGCUACGAGAGGAAGUCGCUCCACUAAGGCAGCAGCUGGAGCAGAUGUUCCUGUCACGUUUCGGGAUACAGCGAUUUGAUGGGUCCGAUGUGGACAUUCGUUUUUUCACCCGGUUUGCAUCUUAUGACCACCUGAUGCGGUUUUGGCAGGUCAUUCAACCAUCACUGAAAUACAUGGUCCGAGCGACCAGCUUAACUACUGAUGAUGCUGGACGACUGAGUGCUCCCACGGGACAGGCUCUACACCCAAUAGAUGAGAUGUUCCUGUUCCUGAACUACCCGGCCCUUGUACUGAAGCAGAGGGACCUGGCUGACCGCUAUCAAAUCCACCAAUCUACUGUGAGCAGAAUAAUUCUCACAUGGAGCAAUUUUUUGCUUUCUGUCCUGGGUGCACAGAGAAUCUGGAUGACACAAGAGAGGAUCCGGGAGUACCUACCUGUAGAGUUCAGAGACUAUGCUGACACCACUGUGGUUCUGGACUGCACUGAGCUGAGGUGCCAAACCCCUUCUUCUCCCUUGCUACAGAGUGAGGUCUACUCAAACUACAAGUCCCACUGCACCCUGAAAGGAAUGAUUGGUAUAGCACCACAUGGUCCAGUGACCUUUGUUUCUCCCCUCUAUGCUGGUUCGAUCAGAGACAAGCAGCUGUUUGUGGAAUCAGGUCUUUGCAAGCUUCUCCGUCCAGACUCAGCGAUCAUGGUGGACAGAGGCUUCCUGAUGGACAACUGUGUGCCCUGUAAGAUGUACAGACCUGCAUUUCUUUCAGGAAGACAUCAAAUGCCUGAGAGUGAGGUCAGGGAAACGCAGGCAAUCGCACACCUAAGAGUGCAUGUGGAGCGUGUGAUUCGAAGAUUGAAAGAACACAAGUUAUUGGAUUCAGUCAUUCCUUUGAAUAUGUUUGGUAACAUUAAUCAGCUGUACGUUGUUGCAUGUCUCCUGCUGAACUACGAAAAUGGCCCCUUGGUUAAGGCUUGGGCAAAGUAG